AUGUCCUCCUUCUUCACAAUCCCCGGAUCGAACAAGAAGCGCAAGAGGACAGCCGCCCCCGAGGCUCCCAAGAAGCGAAUCGCAGCCUCCAAGACCGCGAACAACAGGGCCCCUCCAAAAGCAGCAGCAGCCAAAGGCAAGACCGGCGCGGCGAAAGGCGCGAAAUCAGCAGCACCCGCCUCCAAGAAGCGAACUGAGCGUGACGACGACGACGAAUCCAUCUCGGGUAGCGACUCGGACGAUGAGAGCAUAGUCAGCGCCGGCCCCGAAGAGAGCAAUGGCUCCGACGACGACGACGACGAGGUGCCCGGCGAGACGGCCGCUGAGCGCCGCCUGAGGCUGGCCGAGCAGUACCUCGAGAACGUCAAGGAGCAGGUGGACCUUGCGGGCUUCGAUGCCGCCGAGAUUGACCGCGACCUGAUCAACGAGCGCUUACAAGAGGACGUGGCCGAGUCCAAGGGAAAAGUCUACCGCCAGCUCGCGGACGAGCUUGCCUUUGGCAACGCGACCUCUUCCUUCUUCAAGAACAACACCGAGACCUUUACCUCCGUCGCCGUCAACUUCCCCUACGCCUACACCACCACCAAGGAUCUGUACGUACACAAAUGGAGGAUACAAGACCUGCCGAAGAACCAGUUCCAACAGACCACGCGCAAGAAGCCCAAGAAGCCGCCCGCGCCGCCGCGCAAGCGACCCGAGCUGCAGACAUGGUUGAGGGGCAACAUCAAUGCCGCCAGGAACAAGUCAUUCCAGCGUCACGUGGAGAAGAUCCUCUGCGUCGCCGCCUCGCCUGACGGCAAGUACGUCGUCACCGGCGGCGAGGACCGCAGGCUCAUCAUCUACGACGCCGAAACCCUCAAGCCCAUCCGCGUUUUCACCCACCACCGCGACGCCGUUACUGGUCUUGCUUUCCGUCGCGGCACAAAUCAACUGUACUCCUGCUCAAGAGACCGUACCGUCAAGGUCUGGAGCUUAGACGAGCUCGCGUACAUCGAGACGCUGUUCGGACACCAAGACGAGAUCGUCGACAUUGACGCCCUCGCCCAAGAACGCUGCGUCAGUGUGGGCGCGCGUGACCGCACAGCACGUCUGUGGAAGGUUGCGGAAGAGACACAGCUCGUCUUCCGCGGUGGUGCAGUAGACAAGAAAUCCCGUCCAGACGUUGAUCCGCGCUCGCUUCCUCAUGAGGGCAGCAUGGACCGUGUAGCCAUGAUCGACGACGAGCUCUUCGUCACCGGCAGCGACAACGGCUCGUUGGCGCUCUGGGGCGUGACCAAGAAGAAGCCUAUUUUCAUCCUCCCCAUGGCCCACGGCCUGGAAGAACCCCUCCGCCCUGACGAAAUCUCGGCGGACCACAACCCAGACUCGAGCCUCGUACCGCCGCCUCAGCCGCGGUGGAUCACAGCGCUCAAGACGAUUCCCUACUCAGAUGUCAUUCUCAGUGGAAGCUGGGACGGUUGCAUAAGAGUGUGGCGGCUAAGCGAAGAUAAGAGAAAGAUCGAAGCGGCGGGUGUUCUCACAUCAGAGGCUGAGCGAGCCUCAAAAUCUGCGCCCAACACCAAGUCAGAUGUCUGCGGCCUGAAGGGCGUGAUUAACGAUAUUGCCAUCUUUGAGCGCGGUGACCGUGGCCAAGACGGUGUUUGCGUUGUCGCUGCAGUUGGAAAGGAGCAUAGGUUGGGCAGGUGGCAGAUGAAGAAAGGCAAGGGGAAGAACGGUGGUUACGUGUUUGAAGUGCCGAGGGUGGUGAAAAAGCCAGAGGUAAACGGCAACCAUAAUGAUGCAUCAGAUUCGGGAAGCGAUUAA